CGUCUUCGCUGUCGCGCCCGUUGCCGACAUGUUCUACGACUUGAAUGUGCCCUGGACGGAGGCGACGAGAGAACUGCAGCGUACAGUUGCGUUUCUCGACGAAUUAGGAUACGAUGUGGUCGCCCUCACGCACACAUAUUCUGGGAAACUGCCCGCUGAUUUGACACCGCCCAUCCCGAGUCCACUGCCAUUCCCCACGCCGCCACGUCUGCGCAUUCUACGACGAUGCAACAUCUUCUUGACUGACUCCGCCUCCAACUUUCGCAUACCGCAGCUGCAGCAGCAGUAUGACCUGGUGGCAGCGCGCCCCACCGAUGAGCGCACGCUGCAGCAGGCCUGUCAGAGCCUGGAUGUCGACAUCAUCUCUCUUGACCUGACGAGGAAGUUCGAGAAGCACUUCAAGUUCCCCAUGCUCGGCACGGCCAUAUCGCGCGGUAUCAAGAUCGAGCUAUCCUACAGCCAGGGCAUACUGUCCAGCGACCCCAUAGCAAAGCGCAACCUGAUCAUGAAUGCGACACAACUCAUACGUGUGACACGAGGACGCGGCUUAAUCUUCAGCUCUGAAGCAAAAAAUGUCCUAGGCAUACGAGCUCCCAGCGACGUCAUCAACCUAGCUUCGGUGUGGGGGCUCGGCACGGAGAGAGGCAAAGAUGGCCUGACCAGAGAACCGCGCAGCAUAGUUGAGUUCGCACGGCUGAAGCGACAGAGCUUCAAGGGGGUAGUAGACAUAGUCUACGGAGGUGAGAAGCCGGCGGGGAAACCCAUCGCAGAGGCAAAGAACAACCAAGGCCAAAAGGGCAAAGCAAACAAGAAUCAGAACGGCAAACGGCCAGGAGAUAGCUUGGAAGCAACGCCUAUCCGCCAGUCAGCAGAAGACAAGCCCAUCUCGAAGCGCCAGCAGAAGCUCAGCAAGAAGACGAAGACGGUAGAGGAAGGGCAAGAAGAGGCUGUGCAAACUGCUGGAAAGCCGCUCGCCGAGCGCAUCACCUACAAGAGCACAGUACAAGGUCGAACAUAGAGCACCUUGUGUAUGGAGGUACGAAUCGGCAUCGUGCAAGGACUACCCAUCGGAGGGUGAUAGAGGACACUUAUAUACCCUAUAGACAUGAGCAGCAAUGCACAGGAAUGAAAGCCAAACGAACAACUCACAGGAGCACUCAAUGCUUCUACUGUCGAUACGACAACUAUAUACUAUUAAGUGAAGGAAACAUACAUUCAUUCAACGAGUGUCAAAGGGGGUAUUUACUCCUCUUGCUAACACUACCAAUUUCUAACUUUUCCUACUCACCACCACCGUCGCCCCCUCUUCACCGCUGUAGUAGGCCUUGCCAACCUUCUCCCAAGCCCCACCGUAACUCGACUGUGCAGCUCAAUCGUAUUGAUAUCAAACGGCAGGCCGUUCUGCUGCUGUGCAGCCGUCGUGCUUGUCCCCGGUAGCGGAGUAG